GCGCAGUGCAUAUUUCCAAAAUGGCCGUCAAACAGGGCGACUUGACGGAGAGCGAAACAGCCCUGCAUAAAGCUGUUCAAGAAGGAGACGUCGCCCAAGUGCGAACGCUUCUAAACAACGUUCGCAUCGACUGCCUCGACGAGAAUGGCAUGACUCCGCUCCAGCACGCUGCCUACAGGGGAAACUACGAGCUCUGUAAGAUCAUCCUCGAGUGCGGCGCGGACGUCAAUUCUCACUACCACGAUUCCGGAUACACGGCCCUAAUGUUCGCGGGGCUCGCCGGAAAAUGCGACGUCGUCAGCCUUCUGCUCGAACACGGAGCAUCGACGACCGCGGUGAACACGUUGGGACGCACCGCCUCCCAAAUGGCAGCAUUCGUGAGCAACUACGACGUCGUCUCGAUCAUAAACAAUUUCUUGCCCAAAGAGGAGCUGGAAUAUUACACCCGACCCCACGGCCUCGAGAAAGAACCCAAGCUGCCGAUCGCGCUGUGCACGCCGCUCUACCAUCUCGUUUUGCGCACCAACAUUCACCCGGUGAGCAUAGCGCUCUACCUCCAAGAGCGGCGCAAGCUCUUGGUGGAAGAUAUCGAACGGGUGCUAAAAUUACUCUGCGAGAAACAAAUGAAGGCGUCGUCCGAGCCCAACGAGAUGCUGGCCCUCAAAUUCCACCACCUCGCCUUCGUCGUGGGGCUGUGCAGGAAAGCAGACGACAUGCAGCCCCUCAUCAAAAGCUGGCUCAAGGGCCGCGACGAGGACGGCUUCCCGGUGCAGCUGGAGAAAGUGCUGCGCCAAUGCGUGCGCGAGUUCCCGUACCGCGAGUGCGGCCUCCUCCAGCAGCUGGUGCACACGCUGUCCGCCGUUCAGAUCGGCGACGAGCCGAGCGCCAUCUCCAUCCUCACGGAGGCCGUGCGGGGCCAGAAGGGCCUGGACCAGUCGCUCUCCUGCACUACGUGCGGGGAACCCAAGGCCGAGAAACGCUGUGCCUCCUGCAAGUCCGUGCAGUACUGCGGGCCCCCCUGCCAGAGGUUGCACUGGUUCACUCACAAAAAACACUGCGCUCGCCUCGGAACCGAGUACAAGAAACAGAUGGAAGCCCUCAGGCAGGAGGAAGUGCAACCCCAGUCUGCCACAUAGGAGUCGUUAUUUCGAACGUGACUGUGCAAAAAAUGUCCGCGUUGUGAUGAUGGUAAUAUAUUAUGUACGGUAGAUUUGUUAUUUGUUUGUAGAUGUGUUCUUGUUGAAUUGAUGUUUGACAUCGCUAAAUAAAAAGCCCCUUCGCAUCCUGGUGCAGUAAAGGCUA